CAAAGAGAUCCGAUAAUGAGGUUCAUGUUGUUGCUGCUGGUGACGCUGGCUGUUGCUCUGCUUGGAGUCUGCAAUGGAGAGAAAGCGUCGUUCCUAGACUUUACGAUCCCGGAUCUUAAUGGUCGCCAGGUAUCCAUGCGAGAGUUCAACGCCUUCCCGGUCAUUCUCGUGGUCAACGUGGCCAGCGAAUGCGGAUACACGGACAAGAACUACCGCGAGCUGCAGGAAUUGUAUGAAAAAUACCACGACGAAGGCUUCACGGUGCUGGGUUUCCCGUGCAACCAGUUCGGCGGUCAGGAGCCUGGAACAGCUGAGGAUAUUCUAAAAUUUACGAAGGAGAAAUAUCACGUGACGUUUCCGCUCUUCGCUAAGGUGGACGUGAAUGGUGAAAAUGCACAUCCUCUGUUUAAGUUUUUGAAGACGAAACUGGAUGGAUUCGUCACCAAUGACAUCAAGUGGAACUUCACCAAGUUUUUGAUUGUGAACCACGAACCGUUCAAGCGGUACGGAACGACGACGUCGCCGUCAGAGAUCGAGAACGACAUUGUGCACGCAUUGCACAGCAGCCGACACGUUGACGCGUUCGACGAUGGCGGCGCGACGGAUGGCGACUACGGAGAUGCCCACGAUGAGUUGUAAGACAUCGCAACUAUCAGCAGUAUUUGGUUACCGCUUGCUAUUUGAAUAACUUCAGAUGGACGCAGACCUCUGCUACCAAAGUAUUUGCCCCGAGCAUCUCGUUUUGUUUACAGAAUGAUUCUGUCAGAAUCACCUCUUGGUGUUUAGAUUUUAUAAUGACCAACUCUGCCCAGUAAAUGCACUAAUCUACUCGUGUUCAAUGC